AUGUGCAACAUGAUCAAAAAUUUCUGGGCUGAAUUAAUUAGCAUUGCAAAAUCUUGACCAAUUCGGCGACAAAUGCUUUUUUGUUAUAUUUUUUCAAUAGCAGUGAUUCUUGCUAUGAUAAUUACUCUUGUUCUAUUAAAUACCUUACUUCUACUAAACCAAACUGUUCUCCAAAUCGACGAAACCCGAAACACACAAUCCAGCUCUGACUUAAUUUCUCUGAUUUACACAGGUGGGGCUGCAUUAGCAGCUGAAAUGUCCACAACAGAAAUCUUCUUACGAAUGAUGAACAAUAUGCUAAUUUUCUCAUAUCAUGAAUCAACUUUCGCUCUUGAAGACUUAAAAAGUUUGCUUAACUUAACUUAUCUGUCGGUGUUUAAGGUGUCUAGUGCCACACCCUAAAUAAAUAGGAUUUAGCUAAACUAGUGACAUCACGGAGCCAUCUUGGGAAUCGCGGGUGCCAGCCCACGGCAAGCCUUCUAUCGACGCUUCGCCUCCAGUUACCGCACAUCUCACCUGGCGCGUUGCCGUUGCCUUCCUUGACUCAACCCCCGCGCGUGUUCCGGCUAAGGGUCAUCCUCCCGUGGGGAUGUGCUGAGAGGUAAACUCUGACCUCUUUAAUGCACUGAGGAGCUGUUCCUUUGGUUAUCCCCAAAGUUAAACAGCUGUUGCUGUGCAGAAGUUCUCGAGAGAAAUAAAUCAAAUUGCUUGAGGAAAGAAAAUUGGCAGAGCCAAUUUCUUUCAGGCUGAAUGCCAUUUUAUUUAUACUUAAAAAGUUUGCAGUUUCAAGAAAUCCCAGAGUCUUCUCUGCAAGUUUAUGAAGAUGUUUAUGGGAAUAGAAACGUAAGCUUUGAGUAUUCAGCUUAUUUUCCAUUAGGGACAGUUGAUCAAAAAAUGUUAAAUCGAUCAUCAACACUUAGCUAUCUAUGAAGCAAUAUCAGAUAUUUAGCAAAUCAAACUACUAUAAGGUAUCUUAUGUAUUUUGAAGAUGCUAAUUUUAUUAUUGUGUAUCCUGGAUCAGAACUCCCAGAGGAUUAUGACCCGAAAAAUGAAGUCUGAUAUCAAUCUUAUGCAGAAAACGAUUAUAACGAUGUAAGGACUACAGCUUAUAAUGAUACGCUAGGAAAUGGCCAAUCAAUCGCGUCUUUGGUUUAUUCUCUUGUAGAUAAUGAUGGGAAGAAGAUAGGAACAAUGUCAGUAGACAUAGCAAUUUUAGCCAUGUUUAAAAAGCUUGAUUUACAAUAUUUAGGCCAUGGAGACGUAUCAAUUAUAUAUUGAAAUGGAGAUAUUUUCAGAAGCGGUGAGUACGGGUUUUGAAAAUACAGCUACAAGUCCAUGGAUGAUAUUGCUUAUCAAAAUUUUUGAAGCGAUAUUCAAAAGAAUGCAAGCGGUGUUAACUAUCUUAUAGAAAAUGACAAUAUCUACAGAGUAGCUUCUACAUCAUUAGAAACAACAAUUGAUAUUUCUGAUGAAGAAAGUGCGACAGAAGGGAGAACUUGGUAUUAUAUAAUUAUGCUGUUGGUAAAUGAGGCUGACAUCAUGAUAUAUAAAGAAGAUGCAAAAUCCAAAAUAAAAGAGCAAGGGUCAUUGUUUAUAGGAAUUACAUUGUGUUGCUCAUUAGUGACUACAAUAUUAAUCAUUUAUUUAAUCCAUCAUCAAUCUAGAACAAUAACAGAGCCUUUACAAGGGAUAAUCGAUUUUACAUAUAAGCUUAACACAGCUAAAAAGAUAGAUAUGGAUGAGCUAAAUCAAUUAAAAGAAGGCGAUUAUCAAGUAGAGCGGCUUGUUCAAGCUUACAAAUGCUUAGCAAGCAACUUAAUCAACAAAAAAGAUGAGUAUGAAACUCCAGUUGUUAAUGCACAAAGAGCUUAUCCGCCCAAUGAACUUCAUAGGCCUGGAAGAAUUCUAUGGAAAGAUUAUAUACUUGUGUUAAUAGAUUAAAGAAAAAUGAUAAGUGCUUAUAUAGAAAAUAAGCAUAUAAAUAUAUUGAAAAUUAAUCGGCAUUAGUUGUGCAGAGAUUAUUGAAAAAAUCCCAAAUAAUUAA